ACAAUGUCACCGGAUGUCCUAUACAAGAGAGAAUGAAUUUUACCGUUGAAGCUAUAAACAUGCUUUGUGAUAUGAGAAAUGACCAUCAGCUGGAUUUAACCUGUUAUGGUCAUUUAUUGGCAGCAUAUCACGUGACUGUGGUGGAAUUCCUAAGAGACAAUAACAACAAGAAAUUACAAGAAGGUGUGUUUGAAAACGCCGCCUGCCAAAGUCCAGAAGUUUUGAUGACUAAGAGCGUGCUCUGUGUAGAGGCAAAAUGUCCUAGCCAUAACGAACUUUUGUUGAAUUUCUCGCCAUGGCAAUGGUUCAGUCCAAACGUAAGUAAAAUCAAGGAAGAUUGUCACUUACCAGCAGACACGUGUGAUGAAGAUGCCACCUUUGGACCUACGGCAACAACUUCCACUUAUAUGACUACAGACGAACCAAUGACAUCCAGUUUACCAACACAAACAACAAUUAUUCCUGGGAUGGCAAACGAUGCAUUAAGUGGGUCUGGUAACGGAGAUGACGAUAACACAAAUGAUGGCUCUUUCGUUUCCGAAAUGACGAUGAUUUUAGGAGUUUGUGCUGGUAUAAUUAUAGCAGUGUCGGGUUUCUUUGUAUUGAUAUAUUCUUGCUGGAGAAAACACGGAUUGAGGAGAAUAGACAAGGUUGGAUACACACCACUAAGGAAUCAGGACUGACUAAUAUUAGAUGAUUGAUACUUAUAUCAUUAUGAAAUCAGGCCCAAUACAUAAUUUUCUUUAUUCACUGUCGUGUCCUUUUUUUGCCAGAUUGAUUUCCGUGCUAAGAUUGAAAAUUACUAUGAACACUAUAAGUCUUAUAUUUGUUUUUAAUUUGUUUUUUAUUUUUUACGUUUAACUGAUUUCAGGUAUACAGGUUUCUAUUAAAAAUUAAAACAUUGAG